AUGAGCGAAGAAGAAGAAGAAUUGAUGUCUGAAGAAGACGAUGAAGAAGAAGCGGAUGAACUUGAAAAUGUUGGUAGUUCUGAAGCAAUAAAAAAAGAUAGCAAUAUAAGAAAGUUGAGUUUGAGUUCAAGGACAGAAAGCAAUAGUUCAAGAAAAGACAGCAGUAACUCAUUUGUACGAAAAGUUAGCAGCAAUAGUCGAGAUUCGAAUAAAGAAAAUAAAGAAGCAACACUAUCAGAAGCAGAAAUGGCUAUUUUGGCAGCAAAAAAAAGACAAGAGGAAGAACAAGAAGCUAAAUUACUAGAUUAUGAAGAAAGACGUCGAAUAGAACGUGAAAAAAUUGAAGAAGAAUUACGUGCUUUGAAAGAAAAACAAGCAAAAAGACGUCAAGAACGUGAAGAAGAAGAACUUGAAUUUGCUAAACGUCGAAAGGAACAUGAAGAAAAACGAAGACAAGAAGAAGAGCAAUUGCGGGAAAAAGUUGAAAGCGCAAAACGACGCCGCGAAGAAGAAAAAAAUAAGCGUCAACAAUCAAUGGCCAGUUCGUUUUCGCUCGCUUCAGGCGCAAAAGCUGGCGAAAAAAAUUUUACUAUUCAAAAAAUUACCAAAGCUGAAACCAAUCCACAAACACUGAAGCAAAUUAACGUGGAAAUGAAUGAGCAAAAUAAACGUGCAUAUAUGGCAACAAUUCAACCAGUAAAUACAACAAAUAUGCUGCCAAAUGAUUUGAAAGAUCAUAUCAAAAAGUUACACGCAAAAAUUGUACGGAUGGAAGCAGAAAAGUAUGAUUUAGAAAAGAGAAACGAACUUCAGAUCUACGAUCUGAAGGAACUACACGAACGACAAAGGCAACGUGCUCGACAACGUGCUUUGCAGAGAGGUUGUGAUCCCGAAGAAUCUGGCGAUACACUUAUACCACCAAAAGUAACGAUUGCUUCAAAGUUUGAUCGUGAAGUGGAUCAUCGCUCAUAUUUUGAUCGUCGUCUUCUUUACGAAAAAACUAAAGCUGAAAAAAAACCAAAAAUACUUCGCGGUACUGGUCGUCCACCAGCAGAUUGGGGUCGUCACACUAAUGAAGAAUUAGAAACUAUUCGAAAAACUUUAGAAACACCACGUUAUCGUGAACAAAUAAAACUUGAAAAUGUAGCACCACCAAUACCGCCAGCACCACUACAAAUUCCUGAUGAUUCAGACGAUGAAGAUAAUGACACAAAAGCAGCUAAUAAGUCAGAAGAAUCUAAUCAAGCAGAACGAUCUGAUACUAAAAAACCGCCAGUUCCAUCAAAACUUCAUGAUAAGAAUGAUGACAAAAAAUUAAAACCAAAUGCACCACCAAAACCUAAAGUAUAUCAAUAUGUUACUUCUUAA